AUGAGUGACACCGAGAAGAAUAUUUCUGGCGAGAAGGUCGAUACAGUGGUGUCUUUCACAGAGGCUGACAUUGGUACGAACCAUUUGAUCACGACGAUCACAUCUGUGCAUGGCCAUGAGGUCCAGCUUACGGGAGAUGUUGAUGACGCCAUGAGGCUUGCACUCAAGUCGAAGGGUAUCACCAUUGAUAAAGCGACCGACCAGAGAAUCUUGAGGAAGAUUGACAUGUACAUGCUACCCCUGUGUUGCUUUUUGUAUGCAUGUCAGUUCAUGGACAAAACCACCAAUUCGCUCGCGUCUAUCAUGGGACUUCGUACCGACUUGAAUAUGGUUGGUGACCAAUACUCAUGGACGGGUACCUCAUUUUAUCUUGAACCGCCUCUGUUUUCAUUAUUUUCUGGGGAAUCAUUCUAUGUCUGCAUGCCACCCCAAACUAUGCCGGUUUCAUAUUUUUGCGGACCGUUCUCGGUAUGUUAG